AUUUCCAUCAUCAGUACUUUUCGUACCGAUACAGUGUAAAACAAACUGGUUGCAAGCAUCCAGGCGCAGUUCAGCAUAGUGAAUUCGUUUUUUCUUAUUAGAUUUUAUAUUUACUACAAUUAUCACACAUUUUGUUUUUCUACAUUAAUACUGUAGUCGAAAAAGUCGCAGUGACAGUCGGAGGUGUAUAUAAAAGAAAGAAAAGUGGAUUACAAUACUUUCCUACUCCAGCAUAUAUGAAAGAGGAUUAUGAAUGUGGACUAAAUCAAUUAAUAUCGAGGUGAUAGUAAUUUGCUUUCUAUCGAUCAUACCAUGGCCGGGUCCAAGUGUCUUCAAAAUAUCUUGCUCGCGAGACAGCUCCCGAGUGGUGCGCAAAAUUGUCCAGUCCAAAUGGCUGCCGAUAUUGGAAAAAUACCAGGUCCAGCUUCCCUUGGAGUGUCCAUUUCAUCCCUUGCGCGAUAUCUUCAGCCCUCAGCAGACCGCCAAACAGCAAAACCGUCCAAGCCAGUGGACCUGUGGAUUCUGUGGUAAAAGUUUCUUCGAAGAGAAACACCUGGACAUGCACUUUGAGGCCCGUCACAAAAGCAAAAUCAACGUGGCAGAGGAUGCUAUCUGUUUGGCGGAUUACUGUGACAUGAUGCGCUGCGAAGUACUGAUAGCGAAGGAUGCUACGCUUUCGUUCGGUGUAGACCCUAAUAUGAUGUCCACAGAUGUAGAGGUUUGGAGUGAAUCGACUGCCUAUCGGACAGCAUUAACCACAUCGGGACCAAGAGAUUUGGCCAAGGUGCCGGUGAAGAAAUCGUUUCUUCCAAAAAUAUUACAAACCAUUAAAAAUGAUUUGUUGAGUAAUCGGAAAACGCUGACAUCUGCACUAAGUGCAAAGGAGCGCCUAUCGAAUUGUGACGUAUCAGAACACCGAACACGUCGAGUGAGUAAGCAUCCCAGCGGUGCAGUUGAACACGAACGUAAAGCGUUGAAUAAAGCUGAAGACGUUGACGAGGAAGAUAACGAAGACGAGGAUGACGACGAUGAUGAAGAUGAUGAUGAAGAUGAUGAUGAAGAUAACGAUAAUGAUAGCAACACCACGUCACAGUGUGAACAAAAUCUCGUUGACUCCUCGUUACCACCAGUUGAUCGAAAACAACAGAAAUUAUCCGAAAUGCAACGAAUGAAAGCUAACUGUAAAUCAGAAGAGUUGGACCAGUUGAAGAAUCGUUGCGAAAUACUUGUGAGAGACUGUAUUGUUGGAUUGUUGGUGCAACUGUCCCUGGAGGAUUUUAAAAACAUGGAAGAGGAGAUGAAUCGAGCCGUCUGUUGGUACUUAACUUGUGAACGGUAUUGGGAAGAUGGGCCCUUGGAUCAGCGACCUUUCCCAUGGGGACUCGUAUUUGUAUUGGUGAUGGUGCUGUCCUUAGGAGUGUGCCUAUGUUACUACAUCAUCUGGAUUCUAUUUGACAGUGAAGAACAUAGUCCUAUGGGUAGUAAUCAAAUUACGGCGCAUCCUAGUCCAACCCACGGGCGACAUUAUCUACAGCCACAAUCGUCAAGCAUUUAUCAUCUCCAGGAUGGUGGUCAUUCGGCGACCAGCCUCAACAGCCUUGGGCAGGUAUCGAAUAUGAAUUUGGUAACGACGGGCGUUUCGAGCGGUACGGACCUACAGCACACACCUCAAAUUCAUGCCACACAAGUACCGUACGGUGAUGAAGGCGGCUACGGAUAUAGCGCGGCGGGAGGAUCGAAUGCCGUGGUGAACGAUGGAUCGUCCAUCGCUACCACCUCGAUUGGUGCCGGUGAAUUCAACGAAUUGGGCCAGAGCGAACAUUACAUCUACGUAACCUACCCGCCAGAACUGAAACGAAGACUACUAGAAAGGUAUGGAAGUGACAUCUACAUGCAACUUUUGCGGAAAGAUGCGUACGAAUACUAUUAGCGGUUGCCUUCGGUGUCGUAUUGUGUGCUGCCUCUUUUUCUCGUUUUCUAUAUUCUUGGUUUUAAACUUUUUUUUAACCAGUCGGUUUUAUGUAAAAUUUGUAUUCACGAACAACCCAAUUGUAGUACCUUUAGAUAGGCUCUAUAAUUCAUUGACCAGAUGGUACUCAAUACUUUUAGUAUACGUUGGUAUCUGGAAUAGUUCUUUUUCAAAAGCGUAUAGAAAUUAUUUUUAACAUUUACCUUAUGAUCUAAAAAGAAUCGGAAUUUUCAUUUUAAAAUUCCCGCGCUUGUCCAAUCGGUAAACUUUUAUUCUCUCAAUGUUGGCAACACUUUUAUACACAUUCUGUCAAAUUUUGACGCAUAUCGUACGAUUAGUUUUUGUUUGGCGUCUAUACAAAGAAGUUGAAAAAUUUUCGUGUGGCGAUUUUUAUAAUGGUUGAAAAUUUAAGAGAUGCCCAACAACACAGCAAUCUCUCCAAUCGGUACAGAACGAUUUUGCAAUACGAUUUGCUUCGCCGAUUCAAUGUUUUCCUCAGUAACAGAUGUUGUUGGGCGGCCAGGGAUCUCAUCAUGAUCCAAGCUUGUACGACCACCUUUGAAGCGUUUAUACCACUCGUAUGCCUGUGUUUUUCCUAGACACGAUUCACCAAAGGCCUUUUCUAACAUUUUCAACGUUUCGGAACACUUAAAUCCAUUUUCAACACAAAAUUUGAUGCACGCACGUUGUUCUAAAUUUUCAUCCAUUAUAAAAAUCGCCACACGAAAAUUUUUCAACUUCUUUGUAUAGACGCCAAACAAAAACUAAUGGUACGAUAUGCGUCAAAAUUUGACAGAAUGUGUUGCCAACAUUGAGAGAAUAAAAGUUUACCGAUUGGACAAGCGCGGGAAUUUUAAAAUGAAAAUUCCGGUUCUUUUUUGAUCAUAAGGUACAUGAUUUUUAAGUUUAUCAUGACAAAUACCGUAAACUUCGUGUUUUACACGUAGUUUGCAAAAUUUAAUUGAGAGCAUAGGAAUUGAAGCGAAGAAAAUAAAAACUCGACUCUUCGUCAUAUCACCAAUACAUAAAACACAUCAUCGAACCAGCACAGAUUUAUUUAACCGUAAAUUAUUGCAUCAGGAACCAGUCUAUCAAAAUCUUCUCGCUGUUAAUGCACGUCCAAGAAGUGAUAUAAGUUCAACUUCAACCAGUCGUACAAAGUAUCAUGUGUUUGUUUAGCGAUAUUUCAUUGAAAUGCCUUCUGGAUUGUGUUCAAAACAUCCCAGAAAAGUUCAGUCGCUAGCAGCAAUAUUGAGAACAUAUUCAUCCAAAACUGUCCAUUUUUGCCUUUUAAUUGCAUUUAUAAUUUCCUUUUAAUUUAUUUCUCGUUGGAAAGAGAUGAAAAUAAAAAACUUAAUUGAUGACGAUUUUUCCUCAUAACAUCAGAUCCAAAAAUAAUUCGAAAUUUUUGAGAAAAUACUUAAAAAUCAAAGUAUCUUCUGAUGAAUCACUCACCCUUAUUCAGUAUUUCGAUCGAUUCGCAAUAUUUCGAAGGGAGUGUAAAUUUUUAUAUUAUAUAUUUCGAUCGAAUGAUGGUUUUGUUUGGAAAACUUGAGCUUGAUCGAGACACAGAAUAUAAAAUUUCGCAUGCGAUCAAAAUUCAGAAUAAAAGUAGCUGGCUGUUUUUGCUUCGAAAACGCUGCGAAACACUCUAAUUUCGUUUUCGCUUGAUGCCAAACCUAAACCAGUUUCCACCCUAAUUGCUGUCAAACCGUUUGUUUGAAGCUAGUUUCGAACGUAGCUUUAACGUUGUUGAACUGAAAAUCGAGUCAGUUUCGAGCCUGGUUGUUAUAUGUUAUUAUAUGGUGUUUGUUUGAUGAAACUAUCAUGGGUCAGUUUCAGUUUUCUCAAGCGAAAACGACAUAAACCUCAGAGUAGGCCCGAUAACCAUUUGCAGUACUAAUUCAGUCUAUUUGCGUUGUGGGGACAUUUGGUUUAAAGCAUGUAAUUUUUCACUCAGUAACUUCAUUAUCUCAGGUGGAUGACCUCUGGUUUGGUGAUUUCAAACUGGUCUGAAAAUUUUUAUGAGCGAACUUUGGAUUCAAAAAAUAGAAAUAUAGGUUGUGGCACAGAAUAACUCUAAACAUGGUCGUGACAAGGUAGAUAAUGGGUCAUAAUAUGAGGACAAACAGCACGAUGUGAAAAUUACGUGCGCUAAUACGAGCAUCCUAAAAAGUUAAUAAAGUGCGAUAUUGCAUAACUUGUACAUUUUUGCGUUUGCCGAGAAAAAGAAAAAAAAACUAGAUAGUGUUUGGUUUAGAAACCUACCAAGGGUUUUUAAAUGAUUUUUUUUAACCUUAGUUGUUGGUGGUGUGAACGAGCCCGACUGAUCUGAAUUUCAGUUCAAUGGCUAGUUAAUACUAGUUUCAAGUCUGACAUCAAACUAACGUUUUGCCAGUAGUUAAAAUAGAAACUGUGAGUUGGGUUUGGCAUCAAGAGAAAACUGAUUUGAAAUCUCUUCAGACAUGUAGAAACAUAUUAUCGAAAAUUUUAAAAACUACAGAAGCAUAAUUUCUAGUCAACUCAAAGGGACAGCUAGAAAUAGCAGGACCAAACCCAUUUAACACGACGCUGAUGGAAGUCUAAUAAAAGUUUGCUAAAUUUCAGUUGAUGAAAUCAAAAAUCAUCAAUUCGCUCAGUAUUGUUAAAUUUGUACAUCGAGUUUUUCACCUAAUUAACUGUCCAAGGAUCGCAACAAACGUUAUUCUGACAAAUUGAUUGUAUAUCAAUCGUAAAAAUCGAUUCCAAUGUUGCAAUUGAUUUAACCUCCAUCGUCAGACUUUCAAGCAAGUGAAAUAGCAACUAUAGUUGCAGAAUUAAUGCAACCUCUUGUCUGACAUUUUCAUUGGAAAACAAUGUGCAAAAAUAUAAAACUACCUGUUGACAAGUGAUAAAAUUUGUUAGUUAUGUUAGAAUUGCAUGACCAGUAACAUUUAUAACUACCGUAGUGACAUUUUCCUGAUAAACUCAUCUCAGACUGUUUUAGAUAGUUAUACCUUGCAAUAUCGGCUAACUCAUCCCAUAGUUGUAUUUGUGUGGUAGUUACCUAGUUUGUACUUCUUGAACUACUUUUCAUUAUUUAUUAACAACAGUGAUUUCCCAAUUUCCUCUGUCGAUGUAUAGGAACUCAUCAUCUUUUCUAAGAAACUCCAAAUAGGUGGUAUUUGAGGGAUUUGAACGCCAAUCCGCCGCAUGCUACACCACUCUGCUAUGCAACUAUCUGUUCUCAAACUUUUGCAUUCUGUCAAAUUGUCCUGUACGUCACAUGAGUGAAAAAUCAGUGUCUUCUAGAAUCCAACAAACCAGAAAAAAACAAUUAAUCUAGUUAGUAAAUCAAACAUUUCUUGUUCUUUUUUUCUUGUUUCAUUGGCUUUCUUUUCAUCCUUUAGCUGCUACAAUAGAACGACCCGUCUAUGAAAUUAGAUUGAGAUUUACAGUAGGAAUCAAUCUGAUUGAUUAAGUAAAUUUGAAAUCACUUACAUAGGAUUACUACACAACCUGCUAGUAGUAGAACAGCUGUGAAAUAAAUACAAAAAAACACUUAAUACUGACCCAGGACUGUAGGAAUAGAUGUAAAAACUUAAAUACAUACUCAACAAAACAUAGCAGAUUUGUAAAAAAAAACAAGACAGACAGUUUGACGGAAUGUCACAAGACAGUGUAGAAUGCUUUUAAUGAAAGAAAGUUUCCAUAACGCGAGGCUUUUGCGAAUAUCUUAAAGAAAACAAGAAUCGAAGAACUGCAAAACGAGAGUGAAUUAAACUGCACAAAAAUAGUUUUCAUAAUUUUAGCACGUUUGAAAUAUUUUUAUUUGUAGAUGAAUUAGAAAUUCCUAUGAAUUCAUAGUUUCUAUUUUGUAAUUUUCUAACGUUUGUUGAAUGAAAGCUAUAGUUCAUUAUGAAAUAGAAUUUUGUAGAACAUAAACAAUAAGACCAAGCUGAAAAGCCCACGUUGGUUUAGUUAUUACGAACUGUCCAAAGUUCAGUUAUUUUAAAACUAUAAAGUACAAAGAAAUUGCUAGUAAUUCAGAUAAGGACUCUCAUUCUCGAAAUUCGCUUCAAAAUAGGAAUAGCAAGUAUCUUCGUAUGACUUCAUAAAGACAACAAAAAGAGUCAUUGAUCAGGCUAAUUAUAUCGCCAUGCCAGCCCAAAAUAAAAUGUACGAUUCACGAGAAAUGGAUAAUCACUCUAUUCCCCUUUUUGUAUAGGAAAACAUGCAAACCAAGUGCAUUUUUCUCAUUAGAGGCUUUUCCUAACCCUUCACUUUGAUGACAUAUUUGACGAAAUAAAAUGAUGCGAUAGUAAAAUUAUAGCGAAAUUUAAAUCUAACAAAUUCUUGUACUACGAAAGUUACUAAUCUAUUGAGAUACAAGUGGCAGAAUUAAUAUAACAACAGAAUAAACAG